UUAGAUGAGCCCGGCCUAGCUGCAUUGGUUCCGGCUCAGGGGCAGGAACCGGUGGGCCUGUUGACCUAUGCUGGGACUGUCGAGUCAUCCAUGUCGGGGCAGCGGGGUUUUUGAAGCUGCGUUCACAGCGUCGCUCCCUCAUUCGAUUGUCCAAACGGAUUGUGCAAGCGAUUAGCUGGUCCAGGUCACGAUCUUCCUCACGGGUAGCCAACUCAUCUUUGAGGGCCUCAUUAAGUCCAUGGUAAAAGACUCCCUGGAGGGCCUCAUCAUUCCACCCACUUUCAGCGGCCAGGAUGCGGAAUUCCACUGAGUACUCCGCUACGCUUCGGGCCCCCUGGCGGAUGGAAAGCAGGCGGGUGCCGGCCUCCUUGCCCUUUAUGGGAUGGUCAAAGACUCUCCUCAUCUCAUCAAUGAAUGCCUCAUAGGAGUAGCAAACCUCAGUUCUACUCUCCCAAACGGCUGUGCCCCAGUCCCUGGCUGAACCCUUAAGCAGCCCUAGCAAAUAGGCUAUACGAGAGCGAUCUGAGGGGUAAGUGUGUGGUUGCAUUUCAAAAACUAGGGACACUUGGGUAAGAAAUGCUCGGCAGGAACCUAGAUCGCCGCCAUAGCGUUCAGGGACGGGCACAACAGGCUCUCGAACCAUCUGAACCGCUGGCGAAGCCGAAACGCGGGAGCUAGCUGCAGGUGAGGACUCCAGCGGCCCCAGAGUAGUAACCCUAGCUAUCUGGCCGGACAACUGAGCAACUUGGUCACCCAACACUCGGUUCUCUUCAACGAGGUGUCUCAGCAGCUGAUCAUGCUCUCCUAGCAAGGCUCCCUGAUGGGUGACGGCAAUCCUAACCUGUUCGGGGGGGGGCAGCUGCAGCGCCAUCCUCCCUGUCCGCUGGGUUCAUCCAUAUAUUCAGAUUUUCAUUCAAUAUAUUCAAUUUCAUUCCAUAUAUUCAGACUUUCAUUCCAUAUAUUCAGACUUUCAUUCCAGAUAUUCAGACUUACAUUCCAUAUAUUCAGAUUUUUGUCACGGUAUUGCAAAGACCCAGGCGCGGACAGAGAGUCAGGACAGCAAGGUAAGUUUCACAGCUUUAUUGACGGAACACACAAAAUACUUGUGGGCCCCACUUGGGCUUGUAAACCAGAAUCCAAGUUUCUUCUCGAGGCAACAACUACGUGGCUGCUAAUAACUGAGAGGGAGACUAAUAACAAAAAAAACUAAUAACUAAACUCUCCGUAGAACAAGUGAGCUAGGAGCGGGACUGCCGGAAACAGGACAGUAUUUACACUCAAACGUAGUAGACAAAAAAGAACGGGAACGCAGUUGACACCAGGGAGCAAACGGAAAACAAUCGACUAAGCAAAAAUGCCGAGCACAGUAAGGAUAACUAACAGAAAGCGACGCAGAUAGCGUGGAAUAAGCAAAACUAAUUUCUGGAAAGUUCGGCUGGCAAAAGAACUAAGCUAGGAAUACCAAAGGCUUAACUGGGAGCGGUCUAGGAGAGCGACUGGAGCUCGGAGGCAGGAGGAGCGCCGUAUCCGCGGCGGUCCUGGGGGAGAUGGAUCCCGAGGUUCCGGUGGCUGACGUACGGUGUCCAGGAGAUGUCCAAGGCGAGUGGUAUGGAGUGGGUCUCUCGGCUGGGGCGCGACAGACCAGGUAGGAACAGGAACGGCGACGAAGGAAGGCCAGGCGACCUACACAGAGAACAGCACGUUAGAUAGAACGAAGCGGUCUGUACAGAAAGUUUACCAGGCAGAGGUGCGUGACUAACGCGACAUCGUGCUACGGUCCAGCAUCAAAUAGUGUGUGGAACCCUUCUUUUAUGGCUGGAGGAGGAAUGUGGAACGGGUGAGCCAUUACCCCGUCACAGGUGUCCCCUGCCAGCUGAUGACCUGAUUAAGUAAAGGAGACACACACGCUCACACCACAGUCACGCCCACAAACACACAGGAAAGGAAAAAAAAAAGAAAAGCCUGCCACUUAGUCCGUGGAGGUGGAGGCCCUGACAAUUUUCAUUUCAUAUGUUCAGAUUUUCAUUCUAUAUAUUCAGACUUUCAUUCCAUAUAUUCAGAAUUUCAUUCCAUAUAUUCAGUUUCAUACCAUAUAUUCAGUUUCAUUCCAUAUAUUCAGAUUUUCAUUUAAUAUAUUCAGUUUCAUUCCAUAUAUUCAAAAUUCCAUUCCAUAUAUUCAGUUUCAUUCCAUAUAUUCAGAUUUUCAUUCAAUAUAUUCAGUUUCAUUCCAUAUAUUCAGAUUGUCAUUCCAUAUAUUCAGACUUUCAUUCCAUAUAUUCCGAUUUUCAUUCCAUAUAUUCAGAGUUUCAUUCUAUAUAUUCAGACUUUUUUUCCUACCGAGCCCCGGAAGGUCAGUAUGGUGAAACGACAAUGGAAGACACCCACCCGUACGACAGUUUUAUUGAGUUUUAUUUUGAAAACGGCCUAAAAUAUAAAGACAUUCAAGCAGUGCGAUGCACGAGGAGUCUGCCAUGCAGACCACCGAUCCUGAUCCCGGUAAGUUUAUUUCUCCAACACCCUGCUGUUAGCCCGCUAUGAAUACACCAACUACAGUAGUCCCACAUUAAUAUUAUGAAGGCUACACCAGCUAACGUGGUAGGGACACAGGAUCAGUGAUCAGAGGUUGGCGUUGAACUGUUGUUUGCUAUCCCGUUAGCCACCGCUAAGCUAACAAACUAUAAAAUAAUUCCUGAUAAAACCUGAGAAAAGCAGCAGCAAUAUUUCAUUACAAGACCUGUAUUCAAAACUUCCCACGUUGUUACACAAUGGCUCAUUAAUCAUAUUACUGAACUAUAUGGUAAUCAUUGAAAUUUCCCUAGAAGAACCAAUAAACUAUUUGCAAACAUUAUCAUUAAUGCAAGUCUAAAACUAAUUCAAAUGAUCAAAUUAACACAAUGAAGUAAAGAGUACUGGUAAUUUGCAGCUAUUUUUAUCAUUUUGAGGUAAAAUGCUGAUCUUGAAGUGUCAGCUUUGCAGAUGUGGAAAUUCAAUGCAUUGAUUUCUUAUACUAAGAUUUUUUUGGGUUCUUUUCAGUUGUGCCUCAAAUAAAACGAAGCAUUUAGCACUGUUGGAAAUUAUUACAGUUGUCAGCCUUGGAUGAUGAGGUCCAGUUACCAGGACCACUACUCUGCAGCUCACCGAUCCCAUCCUGCAGCUCAUCUAUGUUGUCCUCCUCUCAACAGACCAAAUCAAAUCUAUCGUCGUUGCUGGCUUGUGUUCAAGAAGUCAUCUAGCAAAGGACCUCGUCGUCUGGAGAAAUACCCUGAUGAGAAGGCUGCCUACAUUAGACCAUGUCCUAAAGUGACAGAGAUUAGCAACGUCAAGAACAUCACACGGUUGCCCCGGGAUACCAAGCGGCAGGCAGUGGCCAUUGUGUUUACAGAUGACACCUCACGCACCUUUACCUGUGAAUCAGAACUGGAGGCCGAGGACUGGUUCAAGACGCUGUCAAUUGAAUGUCUGGGCAUGCGGAUCAAUGACAUCAGUAUGGGAGAGCCUGACCUACUAGCUGCUGGAGUGCAGUGUGAACAUACAGAGCGUUUUAGUGUGUUCCUCCUCCCCUGUCCCAACCUAGACAUCUAUGGGGAGUGCAUGAUGCAGAUCACCCAUGAGAACAUUUACCUGUGGGACAUCCACAACCCUCGCACUAAGCUGGUCACCUGGCCUCUCUGCUCACUGCGGCGCUACGGACGUGAUGCCACCCGCUUCACAUUUGAAGCUGGACGGAUGUGUGACAGUGGUGAAGGACUGUACACCUUUCAGACCAGAGAGGGAGAGCAGAUCUACCAGAGAGUUCAUUCCUCUACACUGGCCAUCGCUGAGCACCAUAAGAAGGUCCUGCUGGAGAUGGAAAAAAACAGCAGGUUGCAGUCUAAGGGUUCAGAGGCCAGCUCUUACCCCUGCACUCCUACCGCCAUCCUUCCCCGAUCCGCCUACUGGCACCACAUCACUGGAAGCCAGAUUGGCAUGGAUCCUGGCAGCGGUGACGCUGCCGAAGAUGAGCUACUAUCCACACGCCUGCCUCUGGACCACCACUCCACUCUGCCCCUGUCAAAUACACAUGCACAGUCCCAGCAGCACAUACACACACACUCCCUGACACGCUACCCCACAUACCCUGGACAGUAACACACAUAGCAGAAGACGUGGUCAUUGAAAAGGUGGCACAACCAUACACACAUGCAUGCAGGCACACACACUGAAGAAACACACACUCUCGUCUUUCUAUCAGCUGAGCAGCCCAACAUUACACCUCACAGUAUAUGUUGUGAUUGCAGCUAACCCUGGCCAACAUGCCAUCUUGAAUGUAGAAAGCAGCUGAAGUGAGAGAACAGAAUUCUGCAGAGGACUGUGAGGAAAGUGGACUUUCUUCCAUGACUGCAGUUCCCAAAGUAGAGGGUGUGAUAUUUGAUGUCUCUGAAUGAUCCCAUUGAGAAACUCUGCUUGGAAGAUUGGCAUGUAUUACCUGCUUCGUAAAGUGAGCACUAAAAGCUCUCAGUAUGCUUUAAUCCACUAUGUUUGUCUCAAAAACAUGGUGAAGAGUCUUAAAUAUUGAAGGGACAUUUCAGUCUAAAAAUAUGGUUUAGAUUCUAAAUAAAAUUCAGUGUAAGAUGGGACCUGAUGUGGAUGUUACAACAAUGUAAAGUGAAACAACACAGCAUUUUAUUUGGGAGCCAUUGCUGAUCACAUCUGCCCAGUUCUUCUCAUGCCACAAGUCAGUUGUAGUUUGGAUAUUCAUACACAUAUGGUGGUCAGUAAUAUGUGUAUAGAUGUGCAUCUUAAGUGAGUAUACAACAGAAGCAAGUACUCCCCUGUGCAACACUUCACUUAAAUAUCAUUUAAAUAUACUACCUUUCAAAAACUGCAUUACUUCUAAUUUGAACAGCAGAGUAUUCACUCUUGUGCAAAAUUAAGAAAUAACAGUUUGGAUUUUCUAUGUUAAAAAUACUGACCCCACAGUAGAAGCUCAAUGUCACUCAGUACACCUUUCAUUAUUGAGAUUCUAAGCUUUAAUUUUUCAGUACCUAUGCAUUCUUCAGGGCGUAUUUUUUCAGCAUCUCUUUCCUGUAGGGGUUGUGUUGCUUCACCUUUCUCUUUUAAAUAAUGCAAAAGUGUUCUACUACAUUCAACUCAGAGGACAUUGUUAGCGACAUCAUCAUUUUCACUUUGUUCUGUCUUAGAAACUCUUGUGUCAGUUUGGCAGCGUGCCUUGAAUUGUUGUCAUGCUGAAAUAUACCUCUUCAACUAGGAUUCUUAAAUUUAGGAAUGAUCUUGUCAACCAGUAUUAUAAUAUUUUGUGCUCAUGCAGUCUUGUGCGUCAAUCAGGAUUAUAUAUUCACUGUGUUAGUCCUGAAUAGGUUCAAGCCAGACAUGCUGAAUUGAAUUCAAUCCAUCUGAGCUAACAAAUUUAUCUUGAAAGAAUAUGCUCCCAAUAUCAUUGGGCUUCUUUUCAUUUUCUUUAGCAAAGUUUCAUCCUAAAGUUUCCAUUCGUAACUGCUCUGACAAGUCUGAAACACUUACCUGUUUUUUAUAGUUUGAUUGUGAAAAUGGCACACUGUCUGUGGCAUGAUUUUAAAAGGACACAACCACUGUAGCUCUGAUUAGUUAAGAUAUGGCUCAAUUUAAACCUCCUGUUCACGGUUAGAGCUGUGUCUCCACGCAUGUUUAAAUGGUCACCAAUCUACUUGUAUUCUUUUAUGUCUUUGUGAAGUCACCCAGUCCGAUUUUUUAAUUCUUCUGGCAAUUAAUUUUUGUAUGGACCCUUCAUGCAGACAUGGAGACAGACACAGCCGGUACGUCCAAAACUGGGAAAGUUCUGGUGUUUACGGUUCACUUGAUAACCAUUUUCAUGCAGCUAGGCUGUGUGGAAAGCACAGUUGUACUCAGUUUUCUUUCAAUGAUCACGGGUUUUCUAACUUGUGUGUCAGUAAUCACAAAUGUAUUGACGUUUGCUUCAACUGAUAUUGCACAGUGGUGUAACUAUCUCUAUUGUAUACUGUAGUAUUGUUAAAAGUGACAUGCUAGCUUCAAUAAGACAUGAAAACUGACAGCCCACUGUAGUCUAUAUGUGCAACACUUUAUAUUAUAGGCCCAUACAUUUACUUAAUAAGUACCAUCCAUUCAUUAUCUAUACACUACUUACUCUGAAUUAGGGUUACGGCAGGAUACACCUUGGACAGGUCGCCAGUCCAUUGCAGGGCCACACAUAGAGACAGACAAUCAGGCACACUAACACUACACACUAACAUUUACACCACUGGACAAUUUAUAGGUGAACCCAAGGAUGUCUAGCAGUUAGGUGACAGUGCUAGCUAAUGCAUCACCGUGCCGCCUUAAUAAGUACCUAAUAACAUAAAUUUUAGUAGGGUAUCAAGAAAAACAGUAAUAAUAGUGUCACUGGGGAUUUGUUUAAAAGAAAUGCAAUAGCAUGAUGAGGAAUUGAAUUAUACAAAACAUCACAGAACAAGUAACUUAGAAUGAAGCGCUUUCACUCCUUCUUUUAAUGGGGUAAUUUGGGACACAUAUGAAGAUUUUUACGAUUUCUUUAAUGACAAAAUAGGCAUAUUUAGGCCUUUACAGACAGGUGUAUGUGGUCAUGUAGUACCUGCUGAGAUUUGGUGUUCAUUGUUUAAGUGAGGAAUUUAUGAAAUGUCACAUUUUGGUCAAAUUACCGCAGUUUUUAAAUGGCGUGUGUACAGUGGGACUAGCAACGUUGAAUCUGAUGGUCAAGCUUGAGUUUCUCACCCCAAGAAUGACAGAUUCCAAAUGAAUACCAUGGGAUUACUGUCAACAAGGCUACUGUGUUACAGUGCUUGUUGAAAUACUGCGUGGUCCAAGGCUGCAUUCAUCAUUGGAAAUACACUGACAGCUGGACAGUCCACGUGGAAGAUCCCCAGUGUACCGAUGCCAGUUGACACACUUGUAUGAAGAACACUUGAUAAUUUUACUGUCCCCGUUUAUUUUUUGAUUUUGCUGAUAACUGAUGUAACUUCACAGCAAAAGGAUCUGUUUAUGGAGGUUCUGAACUGCUCUGAAAUGGAGAAUGAAACUGUGAUCACAUCA